AUGUCUUUGCGCAUGCUUGCUCGCUCGUCUACUUCUCUGCGCUCUAUGGCGCGCAGUGCUAUCCCUGCCCGUACCAUUGGUGCAGUUCGUGUGCCUCAAGUGUCUCGUACCGCGGCGCCGGCUGCUCGCGCCUUCUCUUCGUCGUCGCUGCGUGCCGACGAAUUCGAGAACCCUUUCGGUCCCAACUCGCUGUACAAGCUGACUGAGGAAGAGGAGAUGCUUCGUGAGGCUGUGCGCCGUUUUGCUGAGACCGAGGUGCAGCCCCUUGUUGCUGAGAUGGACGAGAAGGAGAAGAUGGACCCCAAGAUCAUCAAGGGUCUGUUCGAGCAGGGUCUCAUGGCCAUUGAGACCGACCCUGAACUGGGUGGUGCUGGCAGCGGCUUCCUCUCUGCCAUCCUUGUGAUUGAGGAGCUUGCCAAGGUCGACCCCUCGGUGUCAGUGCUGUGUGAUGUGCACAACACUCUCGUGAACACGGUGCUGCGUAAGUACGCCAACGAGCACCUGCAAAAGAAGUAUAUGCCGUCGCUGUCUGCAGACAAGCUCGGCUCUUUCUGCCUGUCGGAGCCCGGUUCGGGUUCGGAUGCAUUUGCUAUGCGAACCUCUGUGAAGAAGUCGGAGGAUGGCCAGCACUAUAUCAUUAACGGUUCGAAGAUGUGGAUCACCAACAGUGGUGAGGCUGAUUUCUUUAUUGUGUUCGCCCAGGGUGACCCUGCAAAGGGAUACAAAGGUAUUUCGGCCUUUGCCGUUGAGAAGGAGAUGGGCGUUGAGAUCGCCAAGAAGGAAAGCAAGCUGGGUAUCCGUGCCUCGAGCACUUGCACGGUCAACUUCGACGACGUCAAGGUGCCUGUUGAGAACCUCAUCGGCGAAGAGGGCAAGGGCUACAAGAUUGCCAUCGAGAUCCUCAACGAGGGCCGUGUGGGUAUUGGUGCCCAGAUGGUUGGUCUCGCCCAGGGGGCCUUCGACAAGGCCAUGGCCUACACCUUCGAGCGCCAGCAGUUCGGCCAGCCGAUUGCUAAGUUCCAGGGCAUGCAGUUCCAAAUGGGCCAGAUCGCCGCAGAGAUCGAGGCCGCCCGCCUGAUGGUGUACAACGCUGCGCGUUUGAAGGAGGAGGGCCGUCCUUUCACCAAGCAGGCGGCUAUGGCUAAGCUCAUCUCGAGCCAGGUGGCUGAACGUGCUGCUGGCAAGGCUAUUGAGUGGCUCGGUGGCCAGGGCUUCACCCGCGAGCAGGGUGUUGAGAAAUACUGGCGUGACAGCAAGAUUGGUGCCAUCUAUGAGGGUACCAGCAAUAUCCAGCUGAACACCAUCUUCAACCUGACCGCGAAGGAGCGUGGCUUUUAA